AUGGACCAAAAUCUGCAGAAGUUCAUCGCCAAGGUCAAGGAUGACCCCAGCAUGCCAAUUGGCACCAAGUGGAUGCAGAUCCAGCAGAAGCUCCAAGAGAAUGGCUUGAUGUACCAGCAGACCUUGAAGCCCACCCAGCUCUUGGUCCAUCCACUCAAUAGAGGUGGUGCCAUGCUGUCCCACUAUGAUUGCCACCACAAAGGGGCCAACAUAUUGACCAUUGGACCAGAUCUGAGCAAGAUCCAAGCCAGUGUGGCCAUAGAAGUGUCCAACCAGAUGGCCAAGAAGAAAAGCCAAAUUGCUACCAAUGAAGCCAUUGUGCAUGCAUCAGAAGGCACUUUGUGCCCACCAAGUGGCCAGGAAAGGGAAUUGGCUGCCAUCGCCCACAAUGGCAACCUGAACCUGCAAUCCUGUUGUGGAAGCCAAGGGAACCAGAACCCCUUCUACACCAUGUGCACAGAAGGCUGGCAAUGGGACAUUAUUGUGGCCCAAGUGGAAGAUAUCUUCCCAGAUUUGCCACAGCUGAUCCAAGCAGCUUUGAAUUCCUCCCAUGGGAUUGCCAAGGCACAAACAGAGAUUGAGAUUAUGGCAUCCAUGGCCAGCCACUAUGCCCACACCAAAGACUUGAAGAAGGCUUUGCAGCUUGCAGAGAGCACCAAACCCAAGUGCAUGCCUUAUAUUGCUGCCAUUGCUCACUAUGUCCAGAAAUAUAGUGGUGGCACCAACGUUGACACCAUUCAUGUGCUGGGCCAUGUGAGCACCUUGGCUACAAUAGCACAUGGCAAAGCCUUCACCAACACCAUGACCAUUGGGGAAGAUUUCAUGACCACCAUUGCCUUCAUUGGUUUCAAGGAGAAGUCCAGCAGUUUUCCAUGGGUCAGAGCUGGCCUUUUAGCUGCCAACCUUCAAAGUCCAAUUUGUAAGGAUGGCAUAGGCAAGCUGCUUCUCAAAACUGAUGUUGAGAAGCUCAAGGCACCAGCCAUGAGAGCCAAUUUGGCAAGCUGUGAAGCCAACUUGGCCCAUGGAUACACAAUUGUCCAGAAGCAUGGCCUCCAUGCCACCAGAGAUGGAAGAAAUCUCUUUGCCAGGUUUUUGGUCAGGUCCAUACUCUAUCUCACCAAGAAGCAGCACAAGUCCAGGGAUGAGAUUCAAUUUGAAAAUUUGGGUGAGAUCAGCAGCACAUUUUCCCAAGAGCUUCAUGAUCUUCUCAAUGGCACCAACACUGCAGCUCCCAGCUCUUCUUGGGUGCCAGAGUCUUUCCAGGAGUGUGUCUUGUGUUUGAAAUAUUUUAUCCAGCACACAGUGCUUCCAUCCUUCUUGUCAAUUUUAUCUUUGAAACAUGUUUGUUGGCAGGAGAGCAGUGAUGCCAAGUUGAUUGCCAAAAGGAAAUGGGGCCUGGAAGAGAACACCUUUUACCACAGGAAAGGUGAUUUGAAGCAUUGGCAAUUCAAGUCCAUCACUGACACAGUUGCCACAUUUGUGCACAUGCCAUUGUUUCCACCCAAAGAUGGCCAACCAUGGAAGAUGGAGGUAGAAUUGGAUGAAUUGAAAGAUGUCAAGAAGGCUGCCACUGAGCCACCACAGUUGCUUCUGAGCCAAGCCAUGCAAGACCUUUUGCCAGAAAGCUUGGGUAGUUUCCACCAAGAGAAGUUGAAGGCAGAAGCCACCAUUGCCAUGACCCAGCUGUACCAUGAGAACCUGUUGCCAGAAGGUUCAGUGGUAGUUGCAGAAAGGUCUUUUGGUGGCAACAUGGAGGUCCACAUGGCCAAGACAGAGAAUGGCUUCCAAGUUCCAAUUCUCAGGAACAAUGCCAAAGUUGAGCAAGGAUACCCAAAGAAGAAUGCCAGCCUCACCAAUUCAGCAUUGCUUCAGGGAUUGAAAGCCAAAAGGGAUGAUGCUUUGACCAUGUCUUUGAUGCCUACACCAGAUGGAGAAGGCAUAGGCAAUGAGAAUGCCAAGAAGCACAAGGCAGCCAAGCAAACCAUGGACAUGGUUGUGCAAAUUGAUGUGGGUGGCACCAUGGUGCAUUGCCUUUGCCCCAAAUCCAGGGGCACCCACAAUGAGCUCAUGGUUGAAAUGGACCAGGACCAGCUCACUGCAGUCUUCCAACCCUUGCAGCCAGACAUCCAAGAGAUCACCUUGCAGUCACCCAAGAAAACCAGGAAGAGGAAGAGAGACACAGUGCCACCAGAUGGCCAUGAACCAGCACCAGAAGGCUAA